AGCGUACCCAGUAGAGAUGACUGAAGGUAAAUGAACCCCAGUAGUGUGGAUGCUUCAUUGGCUCUAAGCAAUCCUGUUGACGGAAGAGAGAGUCACCCGCAAGCAAAAAUUUCCAAUGGAGAAACUGUAUAGAGGGAAAGAUGAGCUGCACUUCAAUAAUUAAGGUAAGAGUUUGGCAAAGCCAAAAGCAAGUGAUGUUGAUGACCCAUGUAAUGAUCAGAGAGGCACAUGCCCAUGCCAACAUUAGCAGUCCUUUUUUUCAUCUUUUUUUUUUUUGAGUUUUUAUCCCUGCAUUAUGUGGUCCGACCUCUGUUAUUUUAUCAUAUUCGAAGUCCCAUCUCUUUUUUCAUCACUAAACUCGGUCACAUCUUACCAUUACUACUCAUUUUUCCUUUUCUCUCAACCAACUUGGAGGGGUCGAUCUCUCCUUCUUCUCACUUCAAAGAGAUUCCAAAUCUGGCCAUCUUCUCUCUAUAUUUAUCUUAUACUUUGUCAGUAGCUCAACUCCAACACAUUUCUCCAAUAUCUUUGUUGUGUUUUAUUUCUUAAAUUUCAGAAACCUUACCCCAGAUUCCUACAAUGCCGCCUCUGCACUCUAGCCCCUACUUCCAAAUGGAGAAUCCAGCCAUACUAUCUUUGCUCCGGAAAACUACCGGCGAGAAGCGCUCGAAAUCUAGUUCCGGUGGUCUUCUUAAAAUAUUCAAACUUUUCCCCAUGUUAACCUCAGGUUGCAAGAUGGUUGCGCUUCUAGGUAGGCCUCGAAAACCUUUACUUAAAGACAAUGCUACUACAGGUACCAUCUUCGGUUACCGGAAAGGAAGAGUAACUCUAACCAUACAAGAGGAUCCUCAUUCUGUGCCAAUGUUUGUUAUAGAGCUACCCAUGCAUACGAGUGCGUUUCACAAAGAAAUGGCAUCUGAUAUAGUAAGAAUCGCGCUAGAGAGCGAGACCAAGACUCAUAAGAAGAAAGUGCUGGAGGAGUUCGUGUGGGCUGUAUAUUGUAACGGAAGAAAAAUGGGUUACUCUAUUAGAAGGAAGCAAAUGUCCGAUGAUGAGCUUCAUGUUAUGCAGCUUUUGAGAGGUGUUUCGAUGGGCGCAGGCGUUCUUCCAAGCCCGAAUGAGAAGGAAAGUACAGCAUACGGUGAAUUGACGUACAUAAGGGCAAGGUUUGAGAGAGUGGUAGGUUCCAAGGAUUCUGAAGCUUUGCAUAUGAUUAAUCCAGAUGGUGCACCAGGGGCAGAAUUGAGUAUUUUCUUUGUCAGGUCUCAUUAGAAAUUAUAGGUGCUAUGUCUUAACUUCAAUUUCUUGUGUAAUUCAUAACAGGAAACAAGUUUGUAUGGUUUAUAAAUUUCCCAUACCCAACCCA